AAUAUACCUUUUCAGCUUGAUCAAUAAGUCUCCAUCACUAAAACAUGCAUAACAUACCAGAAUAUAGUAAACAAGAACCUAAUGGCUCUAAAAGAACAAGAAUAACAAGAGCAUGUGAUACUUGUAGACGCAAGAAAAUAAAAUGUGAUGUAGACACAAAUCAACCAUGUACAACAUGUAAACAAUACAAUUGGGAAUGUACAUUUAACGAUACAUCUAAGAAACGAGGUCCUCCUAAGGGGUAGAUCUAAGCAUUGCAUGAAUUCAAUUUAAAUUUUUACUUUAUAGGUACAUUGAAAGUCUUGAAUCAAGAUUAGAGAGAAUGGAGCGGCUCUUGAGAAAUAUAGGCUCUGAUAAUUCAGAAACAAUGGUUAAGAAAGACGAUACAACAGUAGCAGAAGGGGGAAAGAAAGAAGAAGCGCCUAAAGAAAUUAGCAGCACAAAGGGAAAAGUGAUUCGAUAUCAUGGUAGCUCAUCAGGUUAUUAUCUGGUGGGCAACAUCUUGUCUUCAGAUAAUGAUACCAAUAGAAGAGAAGUGUAUAACCUACCUCCACUGGCUAAUGAUGAAGCCAGUUACCUUAUUAGAAGAAUGAAUGCAGACGAUAAUGACUUAAUGGUAGUGAGAGAUGCAACGGCCGAUGAUGAGGCAUUUGAUGACCAAGAAGCCAUAGACGAUAUCAUUCCGCGAUCUGUUUUGGAAGCCCUUGUACACACUUAUUUCAGAGAUGCACAUACAAUAUUGCCUGUAGUAGAAAAGAAUGAGAAGAAUAACACCCCUCCUGCACCAUUGCUUACUUAUGCUAUGUGCGCUUACUCUUGCUUCCUCUUGAAACAAAGCGAUCCUGCUUUCAGACAGGCUGGUGUUGAACGUGAUGAUAUUUUUCAGGCACUUCUUGAACGAACGAGUACACUUGUUCGCAAAGAAUACUUAAAACCUCGUGUUGUUACUAUCCAAGCACUUACUUUAUUAUGUGCCCAUCCUACUUACUCAACAAGUUCCUAUAGAAAUUGGUUAUUGGCAGGCAUGGCUGUCAGAAUGGCUCAAGACUUGGGCUUACAUCGAUCAGUGACUACUGUCAAAAUCUCAAAAGAAUUGAGCGAGAAAAGAAAACAAUUGUUCUACUCUACUUAUGUUACAGACAGAUGGUGCUCUGCUGUCAUGGGAAGGCCACUUGCUAUUGCUGAAUCUGACUGUGAUGUAGAUCUUCCUUUGGUACAAGGACCCAACGGAAAUGAGGACUUGACCAUGUUUGUCAGUUUUAUUAAGCUAUCUGGCAUUUUGGGUGAAGUAUUGCGUCGAAUCUACUCUCCUAAAGCCAAAGCAAAUGGAUAUAGAACAAAGACUAUGGAACAGACAGUAUGGAGCUUACAAAAAAUGCUGAAUGAAUGGUUUGAUCAUGUACCAGGCGAUUGUAAAAUGACAGAAAAAGAUUUGCAGAAUAUUCAUCUCCUUUCCCCAGAAUCAAAAAAGAUUAUUCAAGGAGGUCCUUUAACUAUAUGUUACCAUGCUGUCGUCUUGCUUUUACAUCGCCCUUUUAUUGUAUUAGAUAACGAAGGAACUCAUGAUGAGAUUGUGUUGAAGGCUAUUGAGACGUGUACAUACGCUGCAAAGCUUAGUAUUGACAUUGCAAGAGCCAUUCCUUACAUGUCUAUUGCAAAAUUUGGAUGGAACUUCUCAGCUUAUUCUGUAUUACAAGCUGCUUUGAUUCAUGUCUAUAAUUGCACAAGUACAAACCCUGAUACUGCUAAAGAAGCAAAACGCUAUGUGACUAUCUGCAUAAACGAAUGUUUUGGUCCUCUUGGUAAGGACAUACCAGCAGGUCCUCCCAUGAUUCCUUUUCUUCAAACACUCUCUAAUCUUAUACAAAAUGAAGACAGAAGAACCAAUGAAUCAAACAUCAAUACAACAACAACAACAACAACAACAACAACAACAACAACGGCAACAAAUAAUGCUACUAAUGCUGCUGCUACUCUCUGUCAACCAUUUGCACAAUUAGAACCAUCUUAUCAACAACCAAUGAUGGUUUCUCCUAUGAGUGUUCAACAAAUCAUAAGUAAUCCAACAUCCUCUUAUGCAAACAAUACAACACAACCUACUGAGAAUAGCUCAUCAUGGUUAUUCAAUGGUAAUAUGCCUACGCUUCCACAAACAACAUGGCAACAACUCUUUUCAACUGCAGGCGCACCUUUUACCGAGAAUCCAAAUGGGGCAUUUGAUGUACAAGGUUGGGAUAACUUUUUCAUGGAGAAUCAAACAAACAACAUGUUUAUGCCAUAACUUAUCGAGUUGAAUUGCUGCUCAGAUUCGAGUGUGUUCUAUUAUCGUGUUCUUUAUUGAAUAUGCACUAAAAAAAAUUCAAUCCAAAA